GAAGGGGAAAUUCCCUCCGCUGAUUGUGGCCGACCUGUUUAAAAGGCCUGCAGGUCGACACAGGCAGCCAGAACAACUGACGAGCUCAGCCAAGCACACAAACACAACUCCUCCUCGACGGACCGCGGCAGAAUCCUCACCAAUUCAGAUUUAAAAAAAAAAGAAAAAAAAGAUGGAAUACAACAUGGAGUGCAACAUGAGCGAGAUGUGGAGCAACAAGAUGCCCCAGGGACUGGACCUGGAGAUCUCCCACCAUCCCAUGACCAUGAGGCGCGUGGUCAACCUCAUCAUCGCCAUGGAGAGGCUGCGGGCCGGCGCCGGGUCCGAGCCGCUGGGCACCGAGUUCAGGGACGAAAACCUGCUCAGCGUCAUGCUGGAGAGCAUCGUGGAAGAACACAUUGUGUUUGAGCGAAGUUCGUCUCCGCCGGAUCAGUUCAGCAGGACGGGCGUGCACCGGUGCAGCGUGACCGACGAGCAGAAGAGGAACUUCGUUCUGGUCCGAAACAGCAUGGAGCUCCACGCGGUGAUGCUGCAGGGAGGCAGUGACAACCGCAAAGUUAACCUGAACAUGUCGACCUACGUGCACCCUUCGCCCAGCACCGAGGCCAGACCCGUCGCUCUGGGCAUCAGGGGCACAAAUCUCUACCUGUCGUGCCAACAGGAAGAUGGCGUGCCAACGCUGCAUCUGGAGGAGGUGGAGGACAAAAGCAGUCUGCUGGCAAUCAGCGGGGAGAGCGACAUGGUGCGAUUUCUGUUCUACAAACGCGACUCCGGCGUGAACAUCAGCACCCUCAUGUCCGCCCGCUUCCCCAACUGGUACAUCAGCACGUCGGAGCAAGACAACAAGCCGGUGGAGAUGUGCCAGGAGAGCGCCCAGCGCUACCAGACCUUCAGCAUCCAGCGUCAGAUUUAAAAACCUCCUCAAAGACGACCCAAAGUGGAAGGUGGAAUGGGGCACUGAACAAAAGUGUGAAAUAAUCUGCACCUCAGCUAUUUUUGAAUAAUCUGCAAAAAAGAUGUAAUUUAAACAAAAGAUGGAAAGACUUCUGCAAGUUAUACAGACUGUCUAUUUUACUGUAUGUACCAAGUACAUAAGGUGACAUGCUUAGUGUGUUGGCAUAGUCAAGUUUCACCACAAGGUGGCAUCGUUGUGCUGUCUGGUGAGCACCCUGCGUAUUUACAUGCUUUUAAUCUAUUUAUUUAUUUAUCUAUCUAUUUAUCCGGCUUUUUAACACGUGUAUUUAUUUUUUUGAAAUCUGCUUUCUAACAAUUAUUUAAAUGAUGUAACACAAAUGCUUUAAUAAAAGCCUCAUAACUUA